AUGGCUGCCACCACUGAACCCACCGUCGACGCUCAGGCCAUUGCCGCAGGCACCGAUGUUGAUGCCGCCAAGAAGAAGAAGGCCAAGAAGGUUGUUGCCGACAACUCCAAGUAUGCUGGCAUUGAGAGUGUGAUGCCCGUGAAGAUCAAGUCGUCCCAUGCCAAGGGUCGGCACAUGGUCGCCGCCAAGGACAUCCCCGCCGGAACCCUUGUCACCCUGGAGAAGGCCGCUGCAUCCAUUGUGCGUAACCAGUCCUUUGUCAGCAUCUGCCACCACUGCUACAAGCCCGUGUCCAUGAAGCAGCAGUCGCGCCCUAAGCUCGAUGCGCAAGGCAAGGAGAUCCAGGGCCAGGUCGAACGUUUCAACGUCCCUAACCACUCUUGCGUCAAGUGCAAGAUGGCCGCCUACUGCUCCGAGGCCUGCCACAAGAACCACGCGCGCGAGCACGCCGUGCAGUGCGAUGCCCUGGCCGAAAGCAACAGCAUUUCCAGUGCACACCAGGUGCCUCUGGAGCACCUGCGCGCAGUGCUUGCCCUGCUUGGCCGCCGCGCUGCUGACAUUGCCGACAGCCAGGAUAUCGUGCCCAAGUUCUCGGCCACGGCCGACGGCGCCAAGCCCUCGCCCUACAGUAGCGCGCUUGACCUCAACCCCAACCGUCACUACAUUGAGCGCAGCUCGCUCAAGAACCUGCAGGCGGCACUGAAGCAAAUUCUCGCCCUGGUUCCCGAGCACGCAAGGAUCUCCCUGUCUGAGGCUGUCGAGGUGUCGUGCAUCUUCAACACCAACCAGUUCAACCUGUCUGUCAACAACCAGCAGGUUCUCGGCCUGUUCCCCGUCAGCUCGCUGUACUUCCAGCACAGCUGCAGCCCCAACUGCGUAUACAUUGGCGAGACCAACGGCGUCAUGUAUGUGCGCACGAUGACCGAUGUCGCCGCCGACGCUGACCUGACUAUCUCGUACGUCGAGCUCUACCAGCCCCGCGAACAGCGCCGCCGCGAUCUGCUCCUGGCGCGUCACUUCUGGUGCAAGUGCCGGAGGUGCUCCACUCUGCUCUCACAGUCGGUUGAUCGCUUCAUGGACGGAAUCCAGUGCACAGAGUGCAACAGCGGCGUGAUGAUCUUUGAGGAGACCAAGGAGGUCCAGGACAUCAACGAGCUGAUGACAGACAUCUCUGCCCUUGAUCAGGAGAUCCAGGGCAAGUUUGCCGAGUGCGAGUCGUGCCCGGCCAAGAUUGAGGUCACCAAGCUUGUCGACGUGCUCAAGGCCGCCAUCACCGACUAUGGAAUUGCCCACCAGACUCUGCAGCAGGGCGACGCUACUAAGGGACGCUACCAGCUCGAGCGCUUCAUCAAGGAGUACGAGGAGAAGCACGUCCUCAACCCCCACAACGCGUAUCUCGUCAACACUUACAAUACUCUCAUGCGCGUGUGCUCCCAGCUCGGCGACCUCGACCGCGCCAUCCGCUACAACACCGUUGUCAUUCAGCGGAUGGAGGGCAUUCAGGGGGCUGUGCCCGAGAAUUACCCGCGCCUGGGUGAGUACCACAUGUCCUUGGGCGACAUGUGCCUGAAGCAGGCCAAGAAGAAGGCCUCGAACCGCACGCCCAUUGGCCGCAACACCACGCGCAAAUACCUGAAGGAGGCAAAGGCGUCGCUGGAGGUCGCGUACACCACGCGCAAGGUGGUUUAUGGCGAGAACUCUAGCCAAGCCGCCGAGGCCAGGAGGCUGUUGGAUGAGGCCAAGAGGGAGUACGAGGAGUACUCAAAGUCCUUGGAGAAGAAGCCCAAGAAGAAGGCCGCUGUCCCGACCCCCGCCCAGAUUGCCGCGCCUGCUAGUACCGCCGCCCAGGCCCAGAAGGAGACCUCCGCUUCGGCCUAA